AGGGGCCUCCAGGCAGGCAGCUCGGUGGAGUCUGAGCGGCCCCUGCGGCCCCACUGACAGGCAGGAUGCUGCUCUCGCUGCUCUGCCUGGCCGUGCUGGCUCCCGGCAGCUUCCCCAAAGAGGAGGCCGAAGGUACCACCCCAGACAUCUCCAUCUCCUACGAAGUCCUGCAGGUGUACCCCCAAAGCCGCCGAGUGCUUAUAACAUGCCACGUGCCCCAGGUCCCCCGGCCCAUCACCUACUCCCUCCUGGCCAGCCGGAACACCCUGGUGGCCAGGAGGGUGAUAAACACCCCGCAGCCAGCCUACUUCAACAUCAACGUCACGCUCAAGUCCAGCCCAGACCUGCUCACCUACGCCUGCCAGGCUGCCUCUGCCUCGGGCAUCCACGGUCCCAGCACCGGGCUGCAGAUGUACUGGGAGCUGUGGGCCAAGCCAGUGUCCCAGCUGCAAGCCAACUUCUCCCUGCGGGACGGCGGGUCGGGCCCCAGCAUGGAGGUGAUCUGCCAGGUGUCCUCCGGCAGUCCCCCCAUCACCUACCGCCUGGUCAGGAAGGACGGCCAUGUCUGCAUGCGGCAGAGGCCGCCCCACGGGCAGCCCGCCAACUUCUCCUUCCAGCUGUCCCGGGCAGCGGGCUGGUACCAGUGCCAGGCUGAGAACAGGAUCAGUGCCCUGAGCAGCGCCCCCACGCUGGUGCCCCCCGGGGAGCUGCCCCUGGGACCCGCGUGCGUGCUGGCAGGCAGCCUGGUCUCCAUCGCGGCCAUCGCUUCCGGGAUGCUUGGCUGGACUAGGGCACAGAGGCGCUUGACACCAUAAAACAGGAGGGCUCGCCGCCGCCCAGGGAGGAAGAGAGGCGUGCCUGCCUGACCCAGAGCAUCAGCUCCGUUGUCAUCAAGAUGGUGACAGAAGAUGAGUGCAAAGUCCCAUGGGAGCAACUCAGGCCUUGCCUCUGGGCCCUACCGAAGGACCCAUCUUUGGAUCAAAGGAAUGCCUUGGGGUGGGGGGGGGGUGUUGGUGUAGGUCUGAGGACACAGAAGAGCAAAGAAGCGGUGUGUGCAGCUCAGAGACCUAAGGCACGCAA